CUGACGGAGUGCCUUACUUUGGAACCACAUGGCAUGACUACAUGAGAGUCAGAUGUGUUAAAGAAGGAACAGUUAGAACUACUUAGCCAUAUCUUAGAUUCGUAUUGCUAGUCGUCUGUAAGAGAAAUACAUAAAUAAAAAUGUCGCAGUUACAAGCGAGGUUCUUCACGGAGAACAAAAGGUAUGUUGUAGAUGAUGUCCCAUUCUCCAUCCCUGCUGCCUCUGAAGUGCAGGACCUCAGCAAUGUCAUCAACCUGCUACUGGAGGCAAAAAAUGCAUCUCACAGCAAAGUGGAGUUCGACUUCCUGGUCAGGGGUCAGUUCCUGCGAACGUCGCUGUCCACUCACAUGGAGACAGAAGACAUAUCAACGGAAGAAGUGGUGGAGAUAGAGUAUGUUGAGCGGAUCACAGCCCCAGAGCCCGAGGAGUGUAUGAUGCAUGAUGACUGGAUUAGCGCCGUAGAUGCAGAUGCUGAAUGGAUCCUAACAGGGUCAUAUGACAAGACGGCCAGGAUCUGGUCUGUGGAGGGCAAGGCGGUGAUGACGGUGGCCGGACACACAGAUGUGGUCAAAGAUGUAGCCUGGGUCAAAAGAGAUGGUCUGACCUCUCUGCUUUUAACGGCCUCUCUGGACCAAAACAUCCUGCUGUGGGAGUGGAACUCUGAGAGGAACAAGGUGAAAGCCAAACACUGCUGUCGGGGACACACAGGGAGCGUUGACACUGUUGCCACAGACCCCACUGGCUCAAAGUUCUGCAGUGGCUCCUGGGACAAAAUGUUGAAGAUUUGGUCAGCGGUGCCCACAGACGAGGCAGACGAGGUUGAAGAACCUGCUGACAGACCGAGGAAGAAACAGAAGACUCAACAGCUAGGUCUUACCAGGACUCCUCUGAUGACGUUAUCUGGACACAACGAGGCAGUGUCCUCUGUCCUGUGGUGCGACAGUGAGGAAGUUUGCAGCGCGUCAUGGGACCACACCAUCCGCGUGUGGGACGUCGAGACGGGAGGAAUGAAGACUACGCUGACGGGCAGUAAAGUGUUCAACUGUAUUUCCUACUCACCUCUGUGUCGACGGCUGGCCUCAGGCAGCACUGACAGACACAUCAGACUGUGGGACCCUCGCACCAAAGACGGGUCGCUGGUGCUGCUGUCUCUGACCUCCCACACUGGCUGGGUCACCGCUGUGAAGUGGGCGCCUUCACAUGAGCACCAGCUGGUCUCCGGUUCCCUUGACAACCUGGUUAAACUGUGGGACACCAGAAGCUGUAAGGCUCCUCUGUAUGACCUGGCGGCCCACGAGGACAAAGUGUUUUGUGUGGACUGGACAGAAAGUGGGCUGAUGUUAAGUGGAGGAGCAGAUAACAAGCUGUACACCUUCCGAUACUCAGCCGGUCAGACAGAUGCGGGGGCAUAGGCUCAACAGCCAACAGGGGCUGCAGAGAUCCACUACAUCCACCACCACAGAUGCACAGAAUGGACAUAUCAGUGUUGUGACAGGCAGACGAAAGCAGCAGAAAUGUGUACCGUACAAAACUUUGCUUGCUUCGUUCGUUGCUGUCCUGGUUAUUUUUUUACCCCCCUCAAUUUUUACACAUUUUCUUAUGGAUUGUCUUUGUUUUCCUGUAACCCAAGAAAAUCAUAAAUUAAUUUUGUGUCCUAAAAUGUCUCUUCUAUUUAAUGUUUCAUGCAAUAGUGCUUGAUAGUGAAUUUGUGAUAUUUUGAUGGUGGUUCACAGUUUUAUAACCAACUGGAAGGCAAGUUGAAGAUGCAAAAACCACGGAACAGUGAUAUAAUGAAAAAUACAAGAAAAGGUUCAACAUAUAAAUCAUAUUAAAGUAUUGCAUUCAA